UUCUAACCCCCUAAAAAUAGCUCUCAUGUAAAUGUCAAAUUAAAGACAAAAAUAGAACUAUUUGAUGAUAAAAAAGUUCGUAAGACGAAGUUUUCAUGCGGUGAAAGUCACAUCAGAUUAGACAAACUGAAACCCUAAGAUUGUUCAUACCUAUUCCUGCCCUACUGGCAGUUCUCCUGAACGAUGGUUGUUAGCCGCAGAGGUUCCCAGUUGUUGAGGUCUACCAAAAAUGUUACAGUGUCCUCCAACAUUCUAUUUGCAACUAGUACCACCUACAGAAAUUCAUUGGAUAACACCAGGCAAAAUUUGAAACCCAAAAUAUAUUCCAGUAAAGACAGUCUAGUGAAGACAUGCUGUGACUGCAGAAGGUUUCAUUCUGAUUAUUAUGAGCAGUCCAGGGAUACCAGGCCAAGUUCCACGAAAUUAACUCCUCAAGAGCUCUACAUCUUUGAAAUCUAAACGAAUUUUAUAAGCUUGUUCUAGAAAUCAUAUUGUCAAUAAUGAAUGAUCCAAAGAAAAACAUCGUAAGCAGAUGCGAAAUUCCUGCAGAUACUUAUGGAUUAUUUACUGGAAGCUUAACUCUCCUAUUGUUAUAAAUUCAACAAAAAUUGUGAGCAUCAUGAUUUCAGCACAUUCAUCAAAAUGUUUCCUGCGAAAAUGAUAAUGUUGAAAGUGAUAGUCACGGUGGUGCUGAUAUCUGUGAAUUGCCAAGCAGUUCCAGAUCCAAACCAAAAUGGAGCCGUACCAAUUGUGGAAAACAACCUGAAUGAUAAUUAUUUGAUAAAGGUCCUCGUAAACACUGCCAUCAACUCACAAAGUGAAAAAUCAGCAGCCCCGAAUGAAGAAUAUGGGGCAGCCAGUGAAAUCGUGGUAUCCUUAGUGAAGCUAGUGAAUUAUGAAGCUGGAGCUGACCUCUUAGAAAUCUCAGACAAUCACCUGAAAAUCAGCACUUCAGCGAUUGGAGAAUUACUCAAAACCUACAAUCAGGCUUACAUCCAAAACCAGUACAAAAACAAACCCUUUAUGGCCAUUUCUGCCACCCUCUCGACCAACAACAGGAUAAAAGAGAUUGUGGCAACAUUGGAAAAUCUGCUUGGCAACACUUCACUUCCUUUAAAACUAGCUAACCAGCCUAGUAGCUUAACUAGAUCUGAUAGAGCCAUCAGUGUACCUAGCAUACUCAGGCCAUUUUUGAAAACAUUGCUCGAGCCAGUACAGGCAAAUUUCAACAACAUUCUCAACAAUGUCACAGCAAUUUUAGAGUCCUUUUACACUACUGAAACUCCAACGAAUCCGAUUCUAGCAAUGAUUUCGAAUACCACAAAUACCCUCAUUGACCAAGCAUCUGGUGUGGUAAAAACAGUACAGUCGACUGUGAACAAUUUCUUUUCCGAAUUGCUCAAUGGUACUAGCUCUAACACUACCACUAGGCAAGUCAGCUUCAUUUCAAGACAAGAAGUGUCUUACCAAAGAGCUAAUGUUGUCUCUAACAUAUUCAAGAAGAUCUUAUCUUUCUUCGUUGGGAUCGUACAAGGCUUCGUUGACAGUUACUUUGAUAGUAUCAUAUCUCUCCUCAAGGAAUAUUACAUAGCAGAAUUGCCAAAGAAUACUAUAGCAGCUGCCAUAGCUAAUGUUACUAACAAGGUUGUCUUGUUUGCUGAAGCAAGAGUGACUGCUUUGCAAGAAAGAAUAGACAGUGUUUUUACGAAUAUUCUUGAUGGUGGUAGUACUAACACUACUAACAGUACUAACACUACUAGGCAAGUCAGCUUCGAUUCAGGGAGGUUUGAGCUAUCUGAACAGGACGUUCUUCUUCAAAGGGCCGACAGCAGCUCUAACUUUUUCACGAAUAUUGUGUCCAAUAUUGUUGGUACGGUACAAAAAUUAGUUGACAGUUACUUCGAGGGUAUCCUGUCUUUGAUUAAAGGAUAUUAUGUGGUUGAAUUGCCGAGCAACUCGAUAGCAGCUGCUAUAGCAAAUUCUCUUAAUAAUGUUAUACUAUUGGUGGAGGCCAGAGUUACUGCUUUGCAGGAGUUGGUUGACAAUGUUUUUUCCAAUAUUUCGAAUGGUGGCAGUUCUUCGAAUUCGACUGAUUCUGAUAUUUCGAAUUCGACUGAUUCCAAUAGUUCGAAUGAUAGCAUUCCUUCUAAUUCGACUGGGCAGGUAGAUCAAAUACUCCGUGCCAACGAAUACUCUCAUGAAUUCAACGAAGGUUCUGUCAAAUCGUACGAUUCAAAUCAGUUAGCAUCAAACAAUCCUAUAGAAGACACCAGAUCUGAAGCAUCAUGUUUGUUAACUACAGGACUGCUGGUAGGCGUGUUCGACGGUCACGGGGGCGGGGCGUGCGCACAAGUCAUCGCCAAGCGACUCUUCCACUACGUCACCGCCUGCCUGUUGCCCCACGAACACCUUGUACACUAUCUGUCUUCGUUGGCGGGGUCUCAAGCGACGGAUCUCGUGCACAGCUACAACGACAAGGUGCAAUUCGUGGAUGACGUCAGGGAUAUUUACGCUGAUAGCUUCGUCAAGUUUCUAGGAGAUUUGUCGGAGCUGGGCCCCCACAAGACCUUCGAGAUGCGCAAAGCGAUCGAGAAGGCGUUUUUGAGGCUGGACGAGGAUUUGUCUACGGAGGCUCUGCCAGAAAAGGGGCAACCGCCCAACUUGAAGACGAUGUCGGUGGCGAUGUCUGGCGCUGUGGCGUGCGUCGCCCACGUGGACGGGCCCCAUCUGCACCUGGCUAACGUGGGAGACUCCUGCGCCGUUCUAGGUACGCUCUCCGAAACGAACGCUUGGGUGGCCAAUAAACUAACCGUAGAACACAAUACUUACAACCAAUCCGAAGUGGAAAGGAUAGUCAAAGAACACCCUUAUAGUGAAGCCUUAUCUGUGAUAAAAAUGGACAGGUUGUUGGGGCAAUUAGCUCCCCUGCGGUCCAUGGGAGAUUUUAGGUUCAAAUGGAAAAAGGAGAUAAUGACGGGCCUCGUAGCGAAACAUUUCGGCGAACACGUCAUCCCUCCUAAUUAUCAUACCCCUCCGUACCUGACAGCUCUACCUGACGUCACACAUCAUCGACUGACGCCCAGAGAUAAGUUCCUGAUACUCGCCACUGAUGGUCUGUGGGACGUAAUGACACCUUUACAGGCAGUCCGACUGGUGGGUGAGCACAUGAAAGGCAAAGUGACCUUGAACCCCCUGAAGCUGCCCAGGAAGAACAUGCGGCUGAGCGAGAUCAACGAGAUGCUGCUGCAGCGCAAAGAGGGCCUCAAAACCAAGCCAAAGGACUCCAACGCCGCCACGCACAUAAUAAGGAACGCCCUUGGGGGUACCGAGUUCGGUAUCGAUCAUACGAAAAUAUCGCAGUUGUUAACUCUUCCCGAUGACGUGGUUAGGGUUUUUAGGGACGAUAUUACCGUGACUAUCGUUUAUUUCGAUUCUGAGUACCUGCGCCACUGUCCCGCAUGAGAAUAGGUUAGGUUUGUCUCUUCCUUCUAGAGUUCCUUAUUGUCCUUGACACUCAUUGUGUUUUGGCAUUUUAGUACACUUAGAGGACAGACCUCACACUAAAUAUCAAUAGAUUCAUUCAUAAUAAUUUAUUAAAAAGUGUACGCCAACAAUUCCAAACGCCAGACACGGAUUGAACAAUGAAAACGCGAAUGGUGGGGAUAACUCUGCGAAAUUAUUGCCAAAGAAUUAAUGGUCUUUGAAGAACACAUUGGGGAAAUGAUUAAGAUGCAAGUUUGUACUGUUUCUAACAUAAAAAAUGCUGCUGCAGCACAAAGAGGGUCUCAAAUCGCUGCCACGCACAUAAUAAGGAACGCCCUUGGGGGUACCGAGUUCGGUAUCGAUCACACGAAAAUAUCGCAGUUGUUAACUCUUCCCGAUGACGUGGUUAGGGUUUUUAGGGACGAUAUCACCGUGACUAUCGUGUAUUUCGAUUCUGAGUACCUGCGCCACUGUCCCGCAUGAGAAUAGGUAGAGUUCCUUGAUUUGCUGGACACUUAUUUUGACGUUUUUGUAUAUUUAGAGAACGGACCUCAGACUAAAUAAUCAAUAACCAUUAUUGUUUUCCCACCAUUCGCGAUUUCAUUUAUUUCAUAUUAUCGAUAUGAUAGUCUGACGUUGAAGGUUAUUUAUUAAUUUUUCAAUUAUAUAACAAAAUUAUAUAGUAUUCAUGACAACAUCACCAACUGUGUAUUAUAAAAAUGGUGAACAAUAAUAUUUUUAUGAAAUUAUACACCGCGAUUAAUUUAUAAAUCAUUGAAAAGAGUACACCAACAAUUCAUAACGCCAGAGACGGGUAAGUGAAUGAAAUCACGAAUGGUGGUGAAAACUCUGCGGAAUCCUUGCCAGUGAAUAGAUAGGUUCUUCCCGAUGACGUGGUGAGGGUAUUUAGAGACGAUAUUACCGUGACUAUCGUGUGUUUCGAUUCAAAGUACCUACGGCACUAACCCGCAUAAGAAUAGGUAGAAUUCCUUGAUUUACUCGAUACUUUUGUUUUGACGCUUUUGUAUAUUUAGAGUACGGACCUCAGACUGAAUAAAUAACUAUUAUUGUUCACCCUUUAUAUACACAGUUGGUGAUGUUGUCAUUAAUACUAUAGAAUUUUGUUAUACCAUUGUGAAAUUGAUAAAGAACCUUCAAUGUCAGACUAAAAUAUCAAAAAUAUAUAAUUUCGUUAUUAAACGACUACACUAAGUGGGAUCCAGCCCUAUAUUUCUGUAGGCAGAAUCCUACAUGAUCCGGCUCGAAGGACCGUAUACGCGAAAAUGAUGGAAAUUUCGAAAUAUCUGUUCGAAAAAAAAAACAAGUUCUACAUCCAUGGAAUGAUAUUCAUCAUAAUCAUGAUAUUGGUUCUAUCGCCCAGUGAAGCUAGGACAACAUACCAAAUUUGAGUAAAAUCUCAUGACCCGUUUCAAAGUUAUGAAGCAAAAACUAUUCGAAAAUUGUAACUUCAGAGCCGUCUAGCGCCCAAACUAAGGUAAGUUUGCUUGUAUCGGAUUUUUUCAGUCUGAGGAAUAUGUGGUUAGUUUUUAUAAAGACCUUUUAGGAAUACCCUGUAAAAUAAUAUAUGGAUCUUCCACUGACUGCACAAAUUUUGACUGGUAGAAGCUGAAUGUGAAUAAAAUAUUCAAUUCAAAGCUAGCCAAACUUCUAAGUUGAUGAUUUUCAGGAAAAAUGACAAAAAAAUCAUCAAAAAUUUCAUGAUAUUCAUACCCAUACCCUCAGAGCAUCUGUUCAUCUGAGAGAAUUUGAGGAUGCAAAAUAUGUAGGGUGAUCCAUCAACCAAAUAUGUAAAAUGGUAAGAGUGUAUAUGGCAAAUGUAAUUUUUGACGUUUUUUAUAUUUGCUUAAAAUUCUGCGUUACAUUGUACAUGAAUUAUUGUCAGCUUAUUGCUGUGAUAUGUAGUCAAUUUUUCUUGUGAAACUCGAUACUAAAAGGAGAAACAUUGAUCAUCAGUUGUUGCAUUAGCACACCAUUUUUACUGCAAAUUAUUCCUGCAUUAUUGAAUUUAUUAUAAAUGGACAGCACUUUUUUCAUUUCAAAAUCCACCUCUCACGGUUUUCAAAAUCCAAAAUAUCUAUUAAAUCGUGCAUUUCAUCCUGUAUAGACAAUCAGUUUCAAUAAAAUUGUGUCACUUCAGAUGGUACGAGAUGCUACAGCUAUUGCCAUCAAGGUCUUGAAUUAUUUACAAAGUGAUGUAUCCUAUUUUCAAAUAUUAGACAUAUUGAUUUGAUAUACUCACCACAUAUUAUAAGGUUUGAUUGAUCUUGAUUGGACACCCCCAUAUAGAUAGAUGGUCUGAUUUUCAAAUGCUUAGUAGUUUUUUUUUGAAAAGUUACGAUCCCAACUUUUGAUUUUUAAGUGGGAUGCCCUGUAUCGUAUUCCAUAAUCGGUUAGGGAUUGUCAUGACGAAUUCAUCGAUACCGAGUUUGAUGGGGUUAUUUCAAACGAUUACGCAGUUAUUCGCGUUCUAAGUUUCCAUAUGCUCAAUGAGUGUGACAAAGAAAGACGUUUUGAUAAUGAUGUUGCGAAGUCACACCCAUUGAGCAUAUGGAAACUUCGAACGCAAAUAUUCUUGUAAUCGUUUGAAAUCCCGGUAUCGUUGAUGAAUUCAUAGCGAUAAUCCCUAACCGAUUAUGGAAUACAAUACAGGGUGUCCUAUUCAUAAAUCAAAAGUUGGGGUCGUUUCCGGUGGAACUUGAAUAGAAGGAAAAUUGUUUCAUCAAUUAAUGAGCAAUUUGGAAUACUUGCUUACCCACCAAUUUUCGAAACCCUAUCUAGAAUAAUUCAAAAGUUACAAUCCUGACCGUUUUUUGUGCACUUCUCUAUAUAUGUACAGGGUGGCUGGAAUUCGAGCCUCAUCAUUGGUAUCUCGUAAACCGAUACAGGGACGGUUAAAUUAUGACAAAGUUGCGCAAUUUGAUGCCUAACAAAAUGCUGUUCUGAAACUUGGAAAAGUCCGAAUACUUUCGUAGAUAUCCGAAAAAAAUCGAAAUUUCAUAAAAC